GGUUGGUUCAAGCUGAGCAGCCGGCUAGAAGAUUGAGCUCAAACAGCAUCGUCUGUUCUUCUUCAAACCUGAAUUACGACAAAACAGCUUGUAAUUCCAAGAGAAAGAACCCGACCACAUACUUGAGAUCGAAAUGUUAGACACAACCACCAGCCAGUUCAACUCCUUCAUGUUUUGGAGGGAACCCAUCCCAUCCCUGGACCUGUCAGAGCUGGAAGACCUUGGGAUUUCUAUGUCCAAGUCCAAGGAAACAAAGUCGAGCAAGGGCAGGAGGGAGGAAGAAGACUCGGAGUUGUUGAAGUACUCCACCUUCAACUUCUGGAAAGAGCCCAUUGCUUGUAUUGAUACCUUGGAUUUUAACCUGCUGUUAUAAGACACUGUAAUGCAAUUAUCAGUUCCCGAUCAAAUCUGUGUUUUAUGCCACUGUGGCUGCACAAAUUCUCUACUCUGAUCUGAUAUUGAUGAAAUGAUUGACUCAUGUAUUAUUACGUCAGUAAAACUGUGAUAACUGUGCUAAAACUAUCAAGGCAUUACUGAAUAUGGAUGUUAUUUACACUAUUUAGUACUUUACUGCCCUGUAAACUCUACAUAACUGCUCAAUUUGUUGUGCAUAUGAAAUAAGAUUAGGAUUUUCAGAUCCUAAAUCUGGCAAUUCAUUUCAUGUUAAAGGUAAGGGGAUUCAGAACAAAUGGUAAAUCUAAAACUGUAAAAUAUUGCUGACUGCCAAAUUAUUUGUAAUAUUAAUGCAUACAGUGACUUUAAUAGCUUAAACUAAAAUUUAAUUUGAAGGUGUUUUUGUAUUGAAAAGAUGUCCAUGUUUAAAUGCACACCUAAUAAUGCUUUUCACUGUUCCCCCCCUACCAUGUUUGAUGACAAAUGCCAGAUGCCAAUUAAAGUGAGCUUGCUGCUAAAUGAAUAAAAAAUGCAUUUGUGUUCA